GCGGGUCCGCGUGAGAGGCGAUCGCGAAUCAACCGACAUGACAAACACAGACAACGCGACGUCAGCCGCUAAGUGCAUUUAACACAAAACCGUUUGCCCUUGAUUCGACACUCAGCUCUUGGAAGCCGACGUGAAAACACGCUAGUUGCAAACGUACCAAAAAGUCUUACCUCAUCACUAUGUCGAAAAUCGGAAUCAACGGAUUUGGCCGUAUCGGUCGUCUGGUGCUGCGUGCAGCCGUUGCCAAAGGUGCCCAGGUGGUGGCCAUCAACGAUCCCUUCAUCGGUGUCGACUACAUGGUUUACCUGUUCAAGUACGACUCGACCCACGGUCGUUUCAAGGGCGAAGUUUCCGCCCAGGACGGCGCUCUGGUUGUCAACGGACAGAAGAUCCAGGUGUACCAGGAACGCGACCCGAAGGCCAUCCCAUGGGGUAAGGCUGGUGCCGAGUACAUCGUUGAGUCGACUGGUGUGUUUACCACUAUUGACAAGGCCUCCGCUCACUUGGAAGGUGGUGCCAAGAAGGUAAUCAUCUCGGCUCCCUCGGCUGAUGCGCCGAUGUUCGUUGUCGGUGUCAAUCUGGAAGCUUACGAUCCAUCCUUCAAAGUUGUCUCGAAUGCUUCCUGUACCACCAACUGUUUGGCCCCACUGGCUAAGGUCAUCAACGAUAACUUUGGCAUCCUGGAGGGUUUGAUGACCACUGUCCAUGCUACCACUGCUACCCAGAAGACUGUGGAUGGCCCAUCUGGCAAACUGUGGCGUGACGGUCGUGGUGCCGCUCAGAACAUUAUUCCAGCAGCUACUGGUGCUGCCAAGGCCGUCGGAAAGGUCAUUCCAGCUCUGAACGGAAAGCUGACCGGUAUGGCUUUCCGUGUUCCAACCCCGAACGUGUCGGUUGUUGAUCUGACGUGCCGUCUGUCCAAGCCAGCAAGCUACGACCAGAUCAAACAGAAGGUCAAGGAAGCUGCGGCAGGACCAUUGAAGGGAAUCUUAGACUACACCGAAGAAGAAGUCGUUUCCACCGACUUUGUCGGAGACACCCACUCUUCGAUCUUUGAUGCUAAGGCCGGAAUCCAGUUGAGCGACACUUUCGUCAAGCUUAUCUCGUGGUACGACAACGAAUUCGGCUACUCCAACCGCGUCGUCGACCUGAUCAAGUACAUGCAGAGCAAGGACUAAAUUCCCCCAACCCCAAUCCCAUUUAUACAACAACAACAACAAAAAAUACAAUUCUCUCAGGGCUUAAUGCCACUGAUCUGUUAAACAUAGACGUUGCGUAUCACACAUACAAGUAAAACCUCCACCUACACCUCUACAGUGAAAAUGUAAUUCUCUUGUACGAACAGAACGAAAGAAUAGAAAACAACGCUACUCUACAAACAGCAACCACAAAAAAAAAACAAUUACACACAAUUCUGUUUAGUUGGUAAGAUUAAUGAUAAUAAUAAUUAUAACUUUUAAUUGCUAAAAAUGUGAACAAAAAUGCUGAAAAUUAAUAUACCUGUUGUGUAUUGUCAAGAAAUUGAUAUCCCCCAAGAAAUCGCUUAAGGUUAGAGAGAGACAGACAAAGAAACUACAAUUAUGACGCGCAUUAACGGAGUCCUUCCGUCCAGUCAGGCGUGAGCAUCAUCAUCCAACGCCAGCACCGUCAGCGAUCGGAAGCGGAAGCAUGGAAGGGCUCGAACACAAUAUCGUAACAAUAAUCGUGUAUUUCAUUUUGAAAAUGAUGCAUUAUGGAAAGGAAUAAACAACUAUAGAUUGUUACUAGUCGAGUAAAAUACA